AUGUCUAUCGUACGCUGUCCUACUGAGGUUCUCCAUCAUAUCUUUUGUCUCUUUUGCUUACACUGUCACAAUACCAAAUGCAUUCCUGAAGAUGUCGAUCAAAAUGCUGAUUACAAGGCACUGCUCGCGUUGACCCAAACCAACAAGCGAUGGCGCACCAUAGCCAUGCCGAUCCUGUUUCAUUAUCCAAACAAACAUCUCUCAUCAACCUACCUCUUCAACGUCCUCAAUUGUCAGCCGAAUCUGGCGCGAUGCGCACUUUCUCUAGAUUUGUCAAUCUCAGACAAUCGAGCCGGACGCAAGCACUGCAGCAACGAUCUUAUUACACAAAUGGUAGCUGAAAGAGUUACGAAACGUUCAUUCCCAGAACCGUUGGUGAACAAGGGUCAGACGAGCUGGGAAUCAAGUCUCUUGUUGAAUCUUUGCUCCAACAUUACACGUCUGGCGAUUGGUGAAGAGGGCGCUCUGGACUUGCGUCGCCAUAAUCUAUCGCAAUGGGAAGGUUCCAAGCUCCCUACACACCUCAAGUAUCUCGAGAUCAACAUGUUCAUUGUCAGUUCAUGGUUAUGUCCAAUAUUGUCAUCGCUUCUUCUAGCUUCUCCGGAGCUGGAUACACUUGUCUUCAGAGGCUAUGGUACUUCGUUAUGGCGCCAUGAUUGUGAACUCGACGUGGACACGCUGCGCCCUGUCAUGGAACGUUUGACCAACAUCCAACUUCUCGGCCAUACGCUAGGCCCAGAACACCAGAGUGCACCAAUCCUCUACCCGCUCAUCGCGGCAGCAUGCAACCUCCGAACCUUCAAAUACGUCUUGGACGCACUUACAUGUUGUAAUUGGGGUUUCUAUUCCCCGAACCUUGCCGGGCCCCAUUAUUACCUACACCAAUCCCCGAGUUACAUUGUCGGCAUGUUGAAGGCGGCACGAAAUAGUUUGCAGCAUCUAACACUUGAUUUCAACAGAAUGAGGCUUAGGUCAGAGUCGAUGUUUAUUUCUCCACGCGAGAUCCAUCAAUUUGUCCGUCUUCACACCCUCGAAAUCGAUCAAAACUGUUAUUGCAGACACCAACUAGGGCGAGAGAGGUUAGGGGAAGGAUGGGACAAAGCCACAUAUCUGGCUGAUUUUCUCCCUACUACUGUAAGGCGAUUAACAAUCUUUUGGACGCCAGGUGCUGCACGCUGUCGAUGUUCGGGCUGUAUCUUGUAUCUGGGUAAGAGAGCAGUGGCUGGACACUUUCCGAAUCUCGAAAUCGUUCAGGUCGAUAUUCCCUUCAUUUCUGACAAGUAUGUGACACAUGGGUUCGUACCGGAGAGAACCUGGAAAAAGCUAAAGAAAGCCCAUGUGAAGGAGGAAGAGAUUAAUGGAUUGCGUAUCAAGGAGGCAUUUGAAGGCUCUGGUGUUGAGACAAGGAUCCGGAUAUGGUAUGCUACUGAUGGUGUCUCUGCGUAUGUGGAUGGUCCGUCGCAUUGUAACAUAUCCCGCGCCUUCCCCUCACCAUACGUGAGUUUUGCAAGGGAGCCCGUGCCAGUGUCAGAAAUGGACUGGUAUAUAACAGAACAGUAUAAUGGAUAA